AUCGCGUUGUUGAUCACUUGAAGCGCUACACUAACAGAGGGGCAUGCGCCUUUAGCUUCCUAUUCGGAGCAUAUCUACACUCGUUUGAUACGAAAUCGUUCUCGAGAACGUGGUAUCAUGAAGAUCACUACGAUACAAGCCGCCUUGGGGUCGGCAAUCCUUCUUUUGAGUGCGCAAUCAUGCGCCGCUACUACCGGACAUCGGCACCACCAUCUUCACCUCGAGAAGAAGCACAAUCAUAUCCAUAGCCAUGGCCAUGGUUUAGCUCACUCAAACAGCACCAACCCGAAGUACAGUGUCCGGAAUCAUUUACCGCUUGCAUCGCGAGAUGGCAAGAAGACGUGCAAGUUUCCUACCGAUAAGGGCCUCGUUGCGGUCACGCCGUCUGGGCAGAACGGUGGAUGGGCGAUGUCUCCUGACCAGCCGUGCGUAUCAGGCACCUGGUGCCCCUUUGCUUGCCCUUCUGGUCAAGUCAUGGCGCAAUGGAAGCCGGGCACGACUUAUGCGUAUCCAGAAUCCACCUACGGUGGUGUUUACUGCGACGAUGAUGGCGAAAUUCAGGUUCCUUUUAAGGAUAAGCCCUGGUGUGUUGAUGGUACCGGUGCAGUGGAAGCUGUGAACAAGGCCGGAAAGGUCGUGUCUUUCUGUCAAACCUGCUUGCCAGGUUACGAAGAUAUGAUCAUUCCCAAUGAUGUCACUGGUACUAUUACUCUAGCUGUUCCGGGCACGUCUUAUUGGGACGAAACCGCAGCUCAUUACUAUAUCAAUGCACCUGGAGUUGAUGCCAGUCAGGGGUGUCACUGGGGAGACGAAUCGAAGCCGAUGGGUAAUUGGUCCCCGUUCGUUGCAGGAGCAAACACCGUCGCCGACGGAUCGACUUACGUCAAGCUUGGAAUCAACCCGGUAUGGCAGAGUUCCUCGCUCUCUAGUACCAAGCCAACCUUCGGAUUAAAAGUUGAAUGCCCACAAGGGGGAUGCAAUGGUGCUAAAUGCCAAGUUGACGCAAGUGGCGUAACGAGCGACAACAAGGCAUCUGGUGCUGGUGGGGGUGAUUUUUGCGUUGUCACUGUUCCUAGUGGGGGCAAGGCCAAUAUCGUCGUCUAUAACUUGGAUGGCUCUGGGGGAGAUUCCGGAUCAUCGAGCUCUUCGCUGGCUGCGCCAACUUCGUCAAUUCAAGCUCCUACCUCGAUAAGCGUGUCUUCGAUCAGCUCUGUACCCUCUGUGACUUCAAUUUCCUCGACGCCUUCUUUGUCGACCCCGACCUUAUCUAGCUCGUCGGCUCACUCAUCGAGUAGCAACAUCGCUACCUCUGCUACCACCGCUUAUUCGCUAGUAUCUUCAAGACAGGCAAGCCCUACCCCCACGCCAAAUUAUGGCGGAGUGUUCCAAGAAAACGGAACGUCGGCCAUGAACUUUUCCUCGUCUGAUCCCUCUUCGACAUCUGCUGCCGGGUCCAGCUCUAUUAGUGGAGAAGAACCCGCGUCAAGCGAAACAAAUAAGAACGAAGGCGCGGGUCAGCGACAAGGUGGUGCUGCUAUGGCAGGCUUUGUCGUUGCUUUUGUGGCUGCCAUCUACUUGCUUUAAGAGAAUCGAGUAGCCACAAGUGCCGAAUAUGCCAACGCGAAUCUAAUUUCAACAAUAUAAAAGUUAAUUUGGGGGCUCUGGCACUUUUUAGUCGCGACUACGGGGAUAGCGACUUCCUUCGCCGAGGCGACCACAUCUUGAUCACUGCCGGCAUUGUCGAUAUGUAUGUUGUCAUCUCGGAAUGACAAUAGACAUAACAGUUUACGUACAUAUUACAGCUUAUGGGGCUCUUAUCACUCCCUCUGGAGCU